UUGUUGCCAUUUUCUUGCUUUGAAUGAGAGGUGGGAGCAUGAGGAAAAGCGGACUUUAAAAGGGGAUCGGAACCGAUUGGCGGCCAGUAGCGCCCUGUCUCCCCCGGCCUAAAGGGGGAACGGAAAUGUGAAGAUUUUAUGAGGGCGGGGAGCCGGGGUGCAGAGGAAAUACUGCCCCGGGGUUGCUGGAGGGAACGAAGGACCGACCAGCGGUUGCCCCUCGUUUGGCUCCGUCGUUUUUCGGCUUCCCCUUUCGCUUUACUCCGGUCUCUCUCCUAGACGUCCUGCCUUAAACUACCGCGAAAGGGAGGGAAAAGCGGAAGCAUGUCCAACCCGGAGAAGCGGAUCUUAUCCCGCCCCUCGGCCCCCCUGGCUGCAGCACCCGGGGAAAAGCCCGGCUCCGGCAGCCGCCCGCUCCACUCCCAUGGCCAGAGCGCCGGAGGUGGAGGCAGCGGUGGGUCUCCUCCUCCUCCCUCCUCUCCUGGAGGAGACUCGGCUGCCUGCAGCUCCCUCUCGCUCCUCCUAACAACCACCACCAGCAGCAGGAGCCGCGCUGCAGGGACAGCCUCCUCCGCCGCCUCCGCCAGCAUCGUCCCUAGAGCAGCAGCGGCUCCUUUCCUCUCUCCAAUCCCCUCCUUUUCCUCCGCUUCUCCAUCUUCAUUUUACUUCUUGCCGCCGCCUCCUCGUUUCCCCUCCUCGUCUUCCUUUAACCUCACAAGUCUCCAAGGGAGGGAAGGAGGAGGAGAGGCAGUCAGAGCGGCAGGAGGAGGAAGAGAUGUUGGCGGAGCAGCAGCAGCAGCAGCAGCUCACUUGAUCGCCCAUCCAGGCAGCAGCGGCAGGAGGAGAUUCUUCUGUUCUCCCUCCAUCCAGGGCUUGCUGCUCCGCUCUGCAGCCAGCGGCCCCCGGCAGCACCACUCCCGGCUCCUCCUCUCCCCAGCCGCCUCUCGCCCGUGGUCCUGCAAUUCCCUCGGUGCUGCAGCAGCAGCAGCAGCCCGCGGCGACGGGAUCCGAGGAGGCGACGGCCCCGGCGGGAGCAGGACUCCUAGGCGGCAGCAGCGGCAGAGCGGCGCCUUCUUCUCCUUCUCGUCUCCCCUGCUUCUAGGGACAGACAUGGAAGAUGGAUCUAAUUCUGCAAGCUGUUUUAGGAGGUUUACGGACUGUUUCUUGAACACAAGUUUAACGGAUGAAAAAGUGAAGGCCUAUCUUUCUCUUCACCCCCAGGUACUGGAUGAGUUUGUGUCAGAAAGUGUGAGUGUGGAAACUGUGGAAAAAUGGCUAAAAAGGAAAAAUAACAGACAGGAAGAUGAAUCAACUCCUAAAGAAGUCAGCAGGUACCAGGAUACGAAUAUGCAAGGUGUGGUGUACGAAUUGAACAGCUACAUAGAACAGCGCCUGGAUACGGGAGGAGAUAACCAACUACUUCUGUAUGAACUGAGCAGCAUCAUUAAAAUAGCUACAAAAGCUGAUGGAUUUGCACUGUAUUUCCUGGGAGAAUGCAAUAAUAGCCUGUGCGUAUUUACACCACCAGGAGCUAAAGAAGGACAACCACGGCUCAUUCCUGCAGGGCCCAUUGCCCAUGGCACUACAGUAUCUGCUUUUGUAGCCAGAUCCAGAAAAACGUUGUUAGUAAAAGAUGUUUUGAGGGAUGAACGAUUCCCCAAAGGUACGGGACUGGAAUCGGGGACUCGUAUCCAAUCUGUUCUGUGUUUGCCAAUUGUCACAGCAAUUGGUGAUCUGAUUGGUAUCCUGGAACUUUACCGUCACUGGGGCAAGGAAGCUUUCCACCUUAGUCACCAAGAGGUUGCAACAGCAAAUCUUGCAUGGGCUUCAGUAGCAAUACAUCAAGUACAAGUGUGCCGGGGUCUUGCCAAGCAGACAGAACUGAAUGACUUCUUGCUUGAUGUAUCAAAAACGUAUUUUGACAAUAUAGUUGCAAUAGAUUCUCUACUUGAACAUAUAAUGAUAUAUGCAAAGAACCUGGUGAAUGCAGAUAGGUGUGCACUCUUCCAGGUUGACCACAAAAAUAAGGAGUUGUAUUCAGACCUUUUUGAUAUUGGAGAAGAAAAUGAUGGGAAACCAGUCUUCAAGAAGACCAAAGAAAUAAGAUUUUCUAUAGAAAAAGGAAUAGCUGGUCAAGUGGCAAGAACAGGAGAAGUCCUUAACAUCCCUGAUGCCUAUGCAGAUCCACGCUUUAACAGAGAAGUAGACCUCUACACAGGUUACACAACCAGAAACAUCCUGUGCAUGCCUAUUGUAAGCCGAGGAAGUGUAAUAGGUGUUGUGCAGAUGGUGAACAAAAUAAGUGGAAGUGCCUUCUCUAAAACUGAUGAGAACAACUUUAAAAUGUUUGCAGUCUUUUGUGCUUUAGCCUUACACUGUGCUAAUAUGUACCACAGAAUUCGCCAUUCAGAGUGUAUAUACCGUGUAACGAUGGAGAAGCUAUCCUACCACAGUGUUUGUACAGCAGAAGAGUGGCAAAACCUCAUGCACUGUACACUGCCUCCACAUAUUUAUAAAGAAAUUGAACUAUACCACUUUGAUAUCAGCCCAUAUGAGGACGUCUGGCCUGCCAUUUUUGUCUACAUGGUUCACCAGUCCUGUGGGACAGCCUGCUUUGAACUUGAAAAGCUGUGCCGAUUUACUAUGUCUGUAAAGAAGAACUAUCGCCGUGUGCCCUACCACAACUGGAAGCACGCAGUAACUGUUGCACAUUGCAUGUAUGCCAUCCUUCAGAACAACCAGGGCCUUUUCACUGAUCUAGAGCGAAAAGGUCUUUUAGUUGCAUGCCUGUGUCAUGACCUGGAUCACAGAGGUUACAGCAACAGCUAUCUUCAGAAAUUUGAUCACCCUUUAGCUGCUCUCUAUUCCACGUCCACAAUGGAACAGCACCACUUCUCGCAGACUGUGUCCAUCCUGCAGCUGGAAGGGCACAAUGUCUUCUCCAAUCUGAGCUCCAGUGAAUAUGAGCAAGUACUUGAGAUCAUCCGGAAAGCCAUCAUUGCCACAGACCUUGCUCUUUAUUUUGGAAACAGAAAACAGCUUGAAGAGCUGCAUCAGACAGGAGCAUUAAACCUUAAGAACCAAGCACACAGAGAUAGAGUGAUUGGACUGAUGAUGACAGCUUGUGAUUUGUGUUCUGUAACAAAACUGUGGCCAGUAACAAGACUGACAGCAAAUGAUAUAUAUGCGGAGUUCUGGGCAGAGGGUGAUGAAAUGAAGAAAACAGGAAUCCAACCUAUUCCUAUGAUGGACAGAGACAAAAAAGAUGAAGUCCCUCAGGGUCAGAUUGGGUUCUACAAUGCUGUAGCCAUCCCAUGUUACACUACACUUGCACAGAUCUUUCCACCAACUGGGCCACUACUCCGAGCAUGCAGGGACAAUCUCAACCAAUGGGAGAAAGUAACAAGGGGUGAAGAAGCCUCUGUGUGGAUUCCCUCCCAGUCUCUUGCUUCUGGGGCCUCAGAUUCACUUCCUGUGAAGAUUGAUGACUGAACAGCAGCAACAGAUUGCUUUAACCUGAAAAGCAUUCAUUCUUGUUCUGGAGGUUGUUUUUUGUUUUGCUUUAUUUUUAUUUGAAGAAAAAAAAAAAAAAACGGAAACAGAAAAAGAAAAGCUACAAAAUGCUAGCUAAGAAGCAGAUCUGCCUAGGAGGGUGACACUGAGGAGUUACCUCAGCUAAAUGACUCUGGCAGCCAAUCUCCUGACCUACACCAGUGACACAAAGUGAACAGAAGUAAAGCUACAACCCAGAUGUUUUGGAAUCAGCUAUCAGAGGAGAACUUACAACUUGUGAAUAUAAAAGACUGGCCUUAUCUCAUGGGCUACCUUGCUGAGGCCUUAAUUUAAAACUUAUGGGAAGGGGAAAAAUCUUAGGGGGGUACUUCUAAAUCAUAUCUUUCUAGUAAGGGUUUCAAUGGUACUUUUAUUAUACCGUACUGUGGCUGGCUUUAACACCAGUGUCACUUGGGAGUUCUUGGCUAUAAAUAGAACAAUAUACCCAUUGCUAUUGUGAAUGUUUAUGUGUGAUCUACUUGUAAUCAGUUUGAACUCCAGCAGAAUCCUUGGAGACUACAAUUCAUGCUUAGGUUACAGUGAAUUCUCUUGCUGCAAACUAAAGGAAAACCAACAUUCAGGUUAAAGGUUUUAAAUACUUCAUUAAGCAUCAUAAUGCAAAUUGUCUGUCACAAGGCAAACAGUGAAAGAACUCAGUGGUGAUGUUUUGUUCUUCAGACUGAUUUAUAAACCUAGACAACUCUUCCCUUAAAACACUGGAAAUAUUGGAUAUUUAUCUCUAAUAUAUGAGAAGGAGUUUCAGGUUGGAAUUUCUGUAUCCAUAGUGACAGAAGUAUCAGACUAAAAUUUAAAUGAGACAGCAAAAAUUUUCUUACCUAGCUCACAAUUCAGUGAAGUCAUGUUUUUUAUUUCUACUGGCUGAGUUCUAUUUUAAAAGGUAUUAGAGACAUACCUGGAGAAUACUAUCUGCUGGGAACAAAAGCCUUGUCAGAAAAGUCAGGUCUGAUAAGAGGGAUUGUGGUACCAUCACAAUAAGUCAGAAGUGUUAUUGUAUUGAUUAGCUUUUGUGUUGCACAGUAACACUGCAUGUCUUCUACUGCUUUCCUCCCCCAUCCCAAGGUGAGUGAAAUUAAGAAACUUCUCCAUUUGUCUGUUUGCUUUUUCCCAUAGUUCAUCAAAAUUACCAAGCUUAGAACUGCCUUUCUCAAUGAAAGAGUAGCUGACUGAAGAAAAGCACUCUAAAAUGCUGUGUUUACAGUUCUGUGCUGACUUAGGCUUCAGCCUUACAAACUGAUGCACAGGCUUUAAGACCUUAAAUUUCAUGCCACUCUUUUAAAUUUAGUGCAAUUGUACAAAGUAUGUUUCAACAACACUUAAUUUGCCUUCAUCUUUGUCUUUAGAAUAAUGAGAAAAAAAAUCUGCAUAUUGAUCCAUGACAGGUGAAAACGCAGUAUUUGCAUACCUCUCACAUACAGCCUAUACUUUUUCACAGAUACUUUUUAACUCUUGUAGUGGUUCCAUGAUAACAUGGCCUUUUGACUAAUAGCAACAAAUAAUAGUAGUGACUUAGAAAACAGGUUCUCUUUUUACAUCUUGUGUCUGUUGAGCUUUUUUGCUCCAAAAAGCAUGCCAUCUUAUGGGUUUCAUGUAAAUGACUUGGACUCUUUGAGUUUUGCCUUCUGUUAUGGUCGAGCACAUACCAGUAUUUGUACAUGUGUGGAGUUUGUAAUAUGUAAUCCCAUAAUGUAUAAAUGCACCUAAGCCUUUGCAGAACAUAGAUAUCUCAAAGGUUGAGAACUUCAUAUUAAGUUAUCUCAUUUGUAUGAUACAAGUUACAAAGCUGCAACCCCAUAAUUUUUUUCAGUUUUUGCCAAUCCAAGUGCAGAAAUUCAUAGUUAACCACAGCAAACUCUUUGGGAAUAACAAAGAAAUGGCAGGAACAAUUGCACUGAAGUAGAAUGAAUAGUAGUAGCUUAUGCUGUAUCCUCUGCUUUACUCCUUAGCAGUUCUAAAUCUUUUAGAUGCUAUGUUUCAUCUAAGUACUUGAGGCACAAUCCAUGAUUCCUACUAUUUGCCUGAAAAUUAUCCAAAGUCUGGUGGCUAGAAAAAUUCUGAUAACCCAAACUACUGGGUAUAACAUUUUCUAUUCAUGGGCUAAGUAUAUCUACUGUUAUUCCCCCCCUUUUUUAUUGACCUUUUACUCACUCAAGAUAACUUCCCUAGUUCUGUUACUUACCAUUGAAGUAUUUGGCAGUAUCACAUUUUAUAUUCUGAAGUUUGUAAGUUAAACUACCAAUAGUCAUUAUUUGUUGUAUUUUUGUACUAGUAAAACUGGUUUUGUUCAUGAGAGUGUAUAAAAUCCUGAAGAUCUCUCCUUUCCUAAAAUGUUGAUACUCCCAGAAUGGUGUUAUUUUUGUUAGUAAUUCCAAUUGCUUUUCCUUUCCUAGCUUGAUAAACGUAAAAUGAUUGUUUGAAGCCAUACCUGAGCAUUUCUAAUGCAUUAUAAAAUGAUGCCUGAAAGGUGUGCACUAGAUGAGAAAAAUAGUUGACAUAGCAUGAUACUUACCUGAGAUGUUGCAUGUAUUAUUACAGCACUGACAGAAACUCCACUGUUACAAUUAUCUAUGGAUUUUGUACAGUCAUUCAACGUUCUGCUGUAAUAGUUCAACUCAUGGCAAUAUUCUUUUCACAACUGGCCAUAUGGUAAAACAUUUACAUUGGACAUGCAGUUUGGAAUUCAUCUUUUUAUGUGGCACAGACUCCUUACAUGUGUUUAAAUUUAGAACAGUGUGGUCAGUUUGCUGUGACUGCAUUUAGAGCAUUUAGUGUUAAAAUUGUUGGGAUAGCAAAUAGCACUAUUCAUGUUAAGAAGUAGAGAUUUUUAGAUGCUCAAAACAAUUAUGACCCUCUUGAAAUAAUGCAUUUGCCUCAAACACUGUGAUAUAGGAACAGUUCUGUGAAGUGGAACAGUUAAUUUGUUCAUUAUAAACACAGAAAAGGCUUUCUGCACACAAUUACAAGGAAGUUCACAUUCAAAAUUUAGGUUAUAUAUCCCAAUCUAGCAAAGGCACAUCAUAAUUCUCAUUUUGCUUUCUGACCAAAAACUGUGCUCGAUUGUAAUACGGGUGUAUACUCUGUCAAAAAACCUAAAAUAAUGGACUGCUUUCUAGGGUAGAUCAAACUGAUUUGUUGAGUAGAUUCAUAUAUAUUCAAAAUUCAGGUUGGGCUGUUAUGUGAAGAAGAAAGAACUUCAAGGUUAACAACAUUCAACUUUACUACACUUAGUGAGCUGAAAAUUUGUUUUAUAUAUAUAUAUUUACACACGUAUAUAUAUAUAUAUGAUACAUAUAAACUAUCUUUGUAAAAAAAACAAAAAAAUAUGCAAGUGCAAUAAUUUAAAGAGGUCUUAACUUUGCAUUUAUAAAUUAUAAAUACUGUACAUGGUGUGUAAUUUUUUUCAUGUAUUCAUUUGCAGUCUUUGUAUUUAAAAAACAAACCUAAACCUUUACUAUUACGUUUGUACAAUAGAACAGUAAGCAUUUAUUAUGAUAUAGUUAAGUUGUAAAUAAAUUCACAAACCAAACAGCCAGUACAUAUGCAUAUAUGGGUGUCCUAUUGUGAAACCUGUUUUUGCUUUUACUGCUGGCUUUAGCACAGCAAGACUACUUCUGUGGAUAUGUAAUUAUACAUAUAAAUAUAUGUAUGAUACAUAAAAUAUAUUUAGAAAUGUUCAUAAUUUUAAUGGAUAUAUCUAUACAUAUACUUUGGUGUGAAUAUUACUGAAUACAGAGUUUUUUAAUAUUA